UAUGUACGUUGUAUACGUCAAUAAGGCCUAAAUCAAUUCCUCAAAGUCUAGCAAAUAGAAACUAACCACAUUAUAUAAAAUUACGAUUAUAUUGUUUUAACCUAAAUCAACAGAAAUCAAACUAAAGACUUUUAAAAAUAUUCGGCUUCCUUGAUCUAAAAAAGUAUUUUAAAAUUAAAUAAGUAGAUUCAGAGGUUCGUACUAGUGCAGAGACCUAUCAAGCAAAAGUGAUGGCCGUAGCGUGCAAGCGAAAAUUACCUCUAAUGCAGUCGACAAUCCACACUUAGGUUCCGUAGUGGAUCAUAUCAUUCUCUUGGCGGUGUCGGCUUGUUUAAUAUUUGUCUCCGUUUCAACGUCUUCAGUGUAUAUAUAUCAUCACUCCUGCGUGCUUUCAUUUUAAAAAUUCUUCUUGAAAUUUUAUAAAAUAAUAUUUUCUUUGCUUUUCGUUUUUGAUCGUGUUUUUAAUCUUUUUGUGAAAAAUAUAAUGCUUUUUGAAUGAUGUAUUCGUUGCAAGUGAAAAUCAACUACAUCUGCGCUAAAUAGAAAACAGGGAUAUGUUUUUUUUUCAUCUUGAAUGCUAAAUUCGGAUGGCAUUUAGGAGGCGACAAUAUUACAUUUCACAUAAUUUUUUUCGUCUCAUUUGUUUAUCGACCUGUAUACGAAAUACAGUAAUAGAUAGUUCAAUAUUAGUCGACACAUUGCCUCAGGAAUUCGUUAAGUCAAUUAUAAGACUACGUUAAAUUAAGGCUCGUUGGUAAACUUAGGUACUAAAAAAAAGGAAAGUUUUUAUUUUAAUUUUUUAGAAUAGUCACUUUUAAUUUAGUGGUAGCAUAAUUUUAUGCAAUUGUUGUACGCAUAAACUUUUUGGCAAUGCAAAGGUUUCUUUGAUUAUUUAUUUUAAAAAGAAUUCAAUUCUUCUAGUUUAAAAUCUAAUUUUUAAAAAUCUUUUUGAAGUCAUAACGGGAGUUCCUUUUAAAUUGUUUGUAUUGGUAGAGUAAAUGUUAAAUGUCAAUUCGCAAAUAUAAAAUAUAAUAAAUAUAAAAUAGAAAAAUAUAAAAAUGAAUUCAAUUUUUUGAGCGAUAGAGUAGACUAUCAAUUGGCAAUUUGCCCUGGUAAAACAUAUGCUCAUAAAAGUAACCAAAAGUGACUUUAAUAGAUCGAUUUCAUUAUUUGCGUGAUUUUUCUCACUUAUGUACCUAGAUAUAUUAAGGAAUAAUUUUUGACUACAAAAUCGUAACGUAAUAGAAGGAACACUAUCAAUUACUUACAGUUAUAGUUCCAUACGAAAUAUAGUACUUGACAUAUGGAAGAGUGUUCUUGCAUCUCAUCACAUUUUAAUUAUUUUUUAUGUUCAAUCUUAAAAACAUAUACUGCAAAUAAACAUGUAUUUAUUCGGAGCGAAGAGGAAAAACGUUCUCGGAACAUCGCAAGAAGAAUUCUAUGAGAGGGUGCUCUAUGCCAGAAACAAAUUGCUGGCCGGAACAAAACCUGCUGUGGUGGGAGGAAAACCAAUAACUGAAGAGGAGGCCGCUGAACUUCGCAUAGUAGCAUUUGGCACAGCUGCGUGUCCCCCGCGAGGUGAAUGGGUGCGCACACCACUUGUCAUGAGACCUCCAGACCAACCUCUGGCCUACGGUCUCUGUGCUCCGAGAAAUGCUGCUAGAUCCUUGCUGUCCGCUCUCCAAGCUCACAUCAUUAAGUGGCUUUUAUUCGACUCACGCCCGCUAACCCGGGACAACAAGUCUGCGUUGCCGCCAGAUACUUACCUACGUCCAUCAGAAGAUCGUCAAGAAGAGGCACUCUGGCGAGCUUGCAGCGAAGUGAUAUGGAAGUGCGGAGGAGGCUUCAAUCCUCAAAGCGGGGUGGAGCCGAAAGCGGUCGUCGCUCUUCCCAGUGAGAAUACAUACGUGCAACACAGCUCUCAUUACUACCAGGACGGGAUUACUGAAAAGCUUCACUUUUUCGAGUUCAAGAAUAUGGAAGAUCUGCAAAUUUUCGUCAAACGUUAUUUGUACUUGUUCCAAAUUGAAGAGGGUUCAGGUGCAUUACUACUAUUGUAUUCAGUUAUACUAUCAAGAGGCUGUGAGAACAUAAAGAAAGAUCUAGAUGGCAAGCUGACGAAUCUAGUGUCAUCUCACGUGGAAGGCUCAAUCAAUAUUGUAACUCUUCUGCUGACUGGACGAGCCACACCAUAUCUUCAUAAUGGGGUUUUGUAUGUCGGCGACGAAGACCAUUACGCAAUGCCGCAGUUCGGAAUUCUAUCCCGUAGCCCCGUCGGACUGUUAGUGUGGUAUGGAGGGGAAGAUGGGUCGAAAAGUAACAUUAACAAGCAGUAUCCUGGAUCGAGGCUGAAGACUCCAGCCAUGCCUAUAUGGGUAACUAGUUGUUCGGGGCAUUAUGGUCUGCUGUUCAAUACCAAUCGUGAGCUACUUAGAAAUUACCAUGCCGAAAGAAGGUUUGAUAUCAACUACUAUACAUGCGGUGGUUGCCAUGUCCUCCUGAAUGUUGACACUCGGGCGCACGACGAUAUCCCUGGAUCUAUAAGGAAUGAUGACAUUAGCGCCACCCCACUUGAAAAGUUGAUUCACACCAAAUGGCAAGACGCUAAGAUCACAUGGACGGGCGCCGCGCCGUACGUGAACGAGCCACCGAAAUGAAACUAUUACCAUAUUUUGAUUAGAUUUGCUAUUGUAGAUGUAGUGUGCCUUUUCUUGUGUAUAGCAGAGCACGGGCAAGGAAGUUUCUAAUGAUACAUGAAUUCUCUGGCGCUCUGGUAAUUCAUAAUUGUGAAUUAUGUAUGUUGAUUAAUGAAACUGCUCCAUACUUUUUGUUAUUCGAUUUGCUAACUUAGAAUCAGUGUGUAGUCUUGUUAGUUAUUAAACCAUUUGCAAGGAUUAGGGAGAAAGGACAGAACCUCAUAUCAAGUUAUGAUUUUACAGAGAAAAAAAAUUCAUAAAUAUGAAUUUCUUUUGAUUAGAAUGUUAUCGGAAAAUAUUUGACGACCUCGGUGGCGCAGUGGUAAAGUUCUUGCUUCUGAACCGAGGGGUCCCGGGUUCGAUCUCCGGUCGGGCCUUGGAAGUUUAUCUAUAUAUGUAUAUGUUAUAGAAUAUAGUAUGGUUGAGUUAGUAUCCCAUAACACAAAUCUCGAACUUACUUUGGGGCUAGCUCAGUCUGUGUGAUUUGUCCGUAUAUUUAUAUUUACAAAUAUGUUUUAUGUUUAAUAUAGUAGUAGGAAUAUAGGACAAAAUAUUUUUAUAUAUACAAAAGAAAUACAUCUUGAUAAAAAAUUAUUAUAUAUAUAGAUUUAUAGUUCUUUAUUUAUUUUUAAAAAUAUUAAAUAGAAACAUGGAUAAAAUAAACUGAUAUUGAAAUAAUAAAAUAUGUAGUGAGUUAGUUAGCAAACCUCAUAUUGUAGCUUAAUUGUGUGCACUUUGUUAGUUAUACAAACAGUACGUAACAGGUGACUUUUCUUUCUGCCUUAGAUUCAAUAAUUGGUGCUCUGAGCGGUUAGUGCGGGUUAGUAUUUCAAUUCUCACCAUCGAAUCGAGUCGAAAUGAGACACAGCGAACCAAUCACAUUGCGCAAUUGUGACGCAACGACAACAACACUGCAAUGGCAUUGGUUCGCGGCGUCUCACUUCGAAUCGAUUCGAUAAUGAGAAGUGAAAAUGCUAACCUACACUUCACCCUCUGGCUACGACCAUAUGGGCGCUCCAUAGUUUUUUAGCCAUUCCAUGUCCUAUAUCUAUAUUGGCUAGCAAUUACUUGGGUUAUUACUUUGUUAUUCCAUUCCUGUUAUUAGUUGCUUCAGUCAUCUAAUUGUGACAUCCACAAUAAUUGAAUUGCUGGUCGAAAAUGUAUUUUAGAAAUAAGUUAUAAUAUAGAGAAAAAAAAUAUCAAUUUUAGAUACUUCUUAAUCACCAUCGUCCGCAGCCCCCCGUGACCCACUGCUGGGUAUAGGCCUUCUUUCGUCUCCGCCAACCAUCUCUGUCCUGGGCCAUCCCCAGUCAGUUGUUGCCAGCAAUUUAAUUUACAUCGCCCUACACAAUGCUAGGUUCCGUUAUCAUUUUAAUAUCAAUAUUGUAUAUUGAAUUUAACUCGAACCUCGAAAUUAGUGCAAAGUUUGUCUAGAUAAUUAUUAUUUUAUUAAAUAGUAGUAUAGAAAUAAUUUCAAAUGCUAAUUUUAGUUAUGUCCAUAAAUAAACAUUUGUUAUUAUGUAAA